UAGUUUGCCCUCAGUGGGACAUUACAAAAAACGUGCUUUAGGUGGGCUUUGAGAGCUGUUCCAUUGCAACAAAGGAAAUUGAAGGGGGAGGUAAAGAGGAGGAGUGUUGACGGAGGUUGAACCAUCAACAACCACAGUACAUGAGCCCCCACUGUGUAUUAUGACAGUGGGAUUUCCUUUAAACUUACAUAUAGCCCUGCAUAAAGACAAUCAACCCUAGAUACCCAAACACACAGUCCCUUGGUUUGAUUUCAGAGUAUCUCUCUUGUUUUAUUUUAACAGACACUCUUCUGCUUCCUCAUACACUGAAAGGGCAAUUGUUGUUGUUGCUUUCACUUUCCCCCCGGCAUGAGCUGGUGGGCCACAGUGGAGAAUUCACGGGGAAAUUUAGCCGCUCGCUGGGGGAGUUUCCAUUACAGCAGAGGAGGAGAAACACUGAAAGGGUUUGCUCUGCGAGUGAGGGCAUGUGGUCACGAGUAGUAGGAGUACAAAUGCGUCAGGCUGUUCAAACUCUUUAUUACAGCAGUGAACACGAGUAGUUCCUGUAGUGUAACUGUGGUCCUGCAGACACCUACCAAACAGGAUCGUUCCUGAGACCUCUCUGCUCCCUACAACAACAAAGGUGGUUUACAAACAUGACGUUUCUGGAGCUGGGGGACGCCAUCGGUCGCUUCAGGUUUUCUCAGUCCUGUGUUGGUCUGGCAGGUUGCCUGUGUGUGUGUUAUGCAGUCUGCACGCCAUUCUGGCUGAAUGAGAGGGGACUCUGGGCGCAGUGGAAUAACACUAAAAGUGACCAUAUCAUUCGUGAAGAUGGCACUGUCUUUAAUGCACUGGAAGCGGAGAGAGUGUUUGGAGUUGUUGCCUUCCUCAUGGCAGUGAGCACUGGUGCUCUGUGCUUGGUGUUCGCCCUCUGCUGGACAUCUGAGACGGUGCGCUCCUACUCCAACACUCGCUCUCUCCUCAUGGCAGGACAGGCACUUUUUCCAACCACUCUGCUGCUGCUCACCAUGGCCUCCACAGGUUUCUUCUUCCUUCUCAGCUGGUCUUUCUUCACUUAUCAGCACAAGGAAGAAAUCCGUCAGGACUUCUCUGGCCUCGGCUCUUCUUAUUGGCUGGGGGCAUUAGGAUGGGUCCUGCUGUUGAUUGUGGAGGGGAUUGUCUUCAUAGCCGAACAAGCUGUCGUGCCAGACAUCCUACCAGACUUAGAGAAGGCUGUGGAGUUGUGGCAUCGUUCCUCUCAACUUAAGGCCGCCAAACGCUCUUUCAGCGAUGGUUAUCAUCGUGGUAACAGCUUAAGCAGCAUGACCCAAGAGAGGUUAAUGUCAGGAUCUUGAGAGGUGAAAUAUGAACAUGACAGAGAAAUUAAAUGUGACUGUCUAAAUUGCACAUUAAUGCUCUAAGACUCAAUGAGAAACCAGCAAUUCCUCACAGUGUUAAAGACCUGUAAGACCGGUCUGAAUGGUGCUUUGUGAGGAGUUUAGUGUCCGCUUCAGGAUUUGAGAUCCUACAUCCCAAAAGUCAGGAAGGGGUGAGCGCUCCAGCUUCAGAGGAGCUGAUCUGGGUGGUCGAUCUACAUUUUGUUCUCAGUAUGGACUGAAAUAAAAAAGAGAAACACUAAAGACCAACAGCAGUGACUGAAUGCUAAUGCCUUUCUCUGAAAAGUGAUGCGUACAUAUUACAUGAAUAUUUCUACAAUGUAGUUUAUAUACAAUAACUCCUUUUUAUUUUUAGAUGACCAAAUGACACUUUAGACCAGUGGUUCUCCACCACCAACUCCUUCAUGAAAUUUGUGACCCAAAUUUUGGAUUUUUUUUUUUUCAACCAAUCACAUAAAUUUAACGAAAAAUAGUGCACCUCGAUGGACCUGAGAUGGUAUGAAAUAUGUGACAGAACAAAGAGAAGGAACAAAACCAACAUGUUUUAAGAGCUCUUCAUAGACUUUUUGACACUUUUUUUUU